AUGGACUCUUUGGACAUAGCAAAUGUGAAUCUACUAACUAGAGCUCAUGUUUGCCUUAACAAUCCAAUCUAUUCGAUUCAUCUCACACCUUGGAAACUAUAUUUUGAUGGAUCAAAGACAGAUAAGGCUUCAGGAGCCGGGAUUGUUCUGGAAGAACCAUUGGGGGUCAGACAUUGCUAUUCCUUCCAGUUAGAUUUCCAGUGCACCAACAAUAGGGCCGAGUAUGAAGCUUUGAUAAUAGGACUUGAGAUGUUGGUAGAAUUAGGAAUCCAAUCCGUGGAGAUCUUGGGAGAUUCCAUGCUUGUCCUAAAACAGAUUGCUGGAGAAUACAAGUGUCUAAAUCCUUCUCUGGCUGUAUAUCUAGUAGCGGCUAGAAAUCUAUUGACAGAAUUUAGAGAAGCUACUUGGGAACACAUCCCAAGGGAGGAAAAAUUUGCAGCCAAUGAACUGGCUCAGGUGGCAUCAGGCAUACAAAUGCCUGAAGACUGCGUCCAGAGGAUCAUCAAGAUAGGAAGAAAAAGUCUACCAUCUGUUUUGACUAGAGGAAUGGAGAUAGAAGUCAAUUCUGCCUUAAUCACUGAAGAUGAUUGGAGGGAGCCUAUCAUGACUUACUUACAAUAUCCCACUUUGCCCUCUAAGAAAAGAGUCAGAAUCAUGGCUACAAACUACCUCAUGUGGAAUGAAGAUUUGGUCCGAAAAAGUAAGGAUGAGGUGCUAUUAAGAAAGAUGCUGGAGAAGAAUCCAAAACAAUGGCAUGAGAAGUUAUCAGAGACUUUGUGGGCAUACAGAACUUCAAAAAGAGAAGCAACUGGCAUGACCCCCUAUGCUCUAACCUACGGCCAUGAUUGCAAUUCUUCCCAUGGAGAUAGCAGUCCAGUCUCUUAG